CGCAAGCUGAGCCGCGUUGCGCUGGGGCUGACCGCUGGCGUUCGGCCUUGAGGAGACGCCGUCGCCGCCGGGCUUGUUCUGCUCGGAGCCGGCCCCCGGGAGUGGGGCGGCGAGCAAACAUGAAUGUUGGAGUUGCCCACAGCGAGGUGAAUCCAAAUACUCGUGUAAUGAACAGCCGGGGUAUGUGGCUGACAUAUGCAUUGGGAGUUGGCUUGCUUCAUAUUGUCUUACUUAGUAUUCCCUUCUUCAGUGUUCCUGUUGCUUGGACCCUAACAAACGUUAUACAUAAUCUGGGGAUGUACGUAUUUUUGCAUGCUGUAAAAGGAACACCAUUUGAAACUCCUGACCAGGGUAAAGCAAGGCUCUUAACUCACUGGGAACAACUGGACUAUGGAGUGCAGUUUACGUCUUCACGGAAGUUUUUCACAAUUUCUCCAAUAAUUCUAUAUUUUCUGGCAAGUUUUUAUACGAAGUAUGAUCCAACUCACUUCAUCCUAAACACGGCUUCUCUUCUGAGUGUGCUGAUUCCCAAAAUGCCACAGCUACAUGGUGUUCGGAUCUUUGGAAUUAAUAAGUAUUGAAAUGUUUUGAAACUAAACAAAAAUUUUUGCAGGUACUGAGUUUCCUGUAAGGAAGGAGUGGUUAGUAAACUGCACUGUUUCUGUGAUAAUGUGAAAUGAGAAGUAUUUACAUUGGAGGUCCAAUUGGUGGUUCUUCAUGUGCAGUCUUAAAGUGCAGAUUUUUACUAGAAGAUGCCUCUGUUUAAUGCAUCUGGUAUAUUUCUGAAGAGGGGCUUUAUAGGCAGGCUGGGCAGGCCCAGCUUAUAAGUUAAAUGGCUAUAAAGUGAGGGUGUAGUAGAUAAAUCCAAGGAAAUGAGAGAUUUAUAAGAAACUGAGACCAGCUAAGCUUAUAACAAAUGGGCAUUAUGUUAGGAGAAGAAAAUUUCCAAUCAUUCAGUCCUGGUCAGUUUAAGCAGACUUAUUUGUAAACCAGAAUCAUCUCUUUGCAAGUUUAUUAUAGAUUGUUUUUAUUACCGUAUGUAUUCCUCUUGUGUUAUAUAAGAGGAUAUGUACCCUCUUGUUUUAUACAGGCCAAUUUCUACCUUAUGAGUAUACUUUUUUGGUUUUGCUGGCUCAACAUUGUGUGUUGAUAGAUGAGGUCAUUUUUACAUGUAUUAAGUUACUGAGUUCAUGAAGGUCCACUUUCAUGACUGAUUGGUGAUAGAAGAUAGCCAGGCAUCUUACAAACAGCUCUGAGUCAGCCUUCUAAUUUUGGAACAAAGUGGGUUUUGCUGCCUCUCUAGACACAAGGCUGCUAAACCAAUUAAGAAAAUAAUUUAUUUCAUGCAGUUAAAGUAUAUGGUAAUUUAAAGGUCUCUGCUUAUUUGGUUGUGCAAUCUAAUUGUUAAAGUCUGCCAUUCUUUCGAAAAGGAAAUACUAAAAUGGACAACUAUAUAGCCAACCUGUGGUCUGGCAGAAACUGCUUCUCUAGCAAUAGUACCACAGUAAAUAAUGGAGUCUUUUUUAGCAGAUCUGCAGUAAAAGAUAACCUUGUCUCUUCUCAGUCCUCUUGCUCUCAAUCCCCAUAUUUUGCCCAUUAAUAUUUUGCCUUUCAAUACAUGAGUCUUAGUGUAGAUAACCCAAAAUCGUAACUAUUUCCAAAGCAGCAACCAUAUUGAAUUCUUGUGACUUAGAGAAUCUAUUAGUUGCUGACAUUAAUUGCAAGAAAUAACUAUAUACUACUUUGAGAAGUAAAUAUGUCAAAAAAACAAAAUUCUGAUAUGGGAUGAAACUGAAAAACCUAGUAACAUAUGUAAACAAAACUGAAUGAAAAGAGUUACAAACCAAUUUAAAAAUCAGUUUGUUUCAAUAAACUGACUUUUGGGGGUAAUGAUCAUUGUUUUGUAUUUCAAAAGUAUUGAGUUUGGAAAUCAGUUGUAUGAUAAUGCCUUUGUAUGUUUGUUUUUUCCCAUGUAUUUUUAAAUAACCAGUAAUCUAUACUUUAAUAAAAUUUUUCUUUGGUGUAAGA